CGCCAUCCCCGUUUAUUGAUUGGUCACCGACUCCGCUCAACAUGGCGACGGGGGUGCUUUUCGCGCUCAGUCUGAUCCUCGUCGUCGGCCAUCUCCAGGAAGGACCAGGGUCCCUCGCCAAGACCUUCACAUUCCCGGAAUAUCCGUACAAGGAGACCACCAAGAACGAGCUGCUCUUCAAACAAUUCGAGCAGGCCUGCGAGGAGAACGGUGGUUGCAAAUUGUUAUCGGAGCACGGGAUCGACGGCGUCGCCAAAACGCGAUGCAUCCGAGAAUGCGUGUCGCCGUCCUGCUACAGGGAGAUCUAUUUAUUCGAUCAGUUGGAGGAGGGCGAGAUUGACGUGAGACUAAAUUCCUUCAAGGGUUGCUUCAUGCAGCGAAACGGACGACCACGGAAGUAGCGAGAACGCGGAGGAGAAGAACUUUCUAAUUUUAAGAUCAACGAUUAACGGACAAGCCACCCUCUAACGGAACGAUUAUAAUCGCGCGGCAGAGAACACGCGCGCUGCGAUGAUACUCCGCCUUUCUAAGAAACGCUUCUUGCUUAGACCUCGCCAUCCCGAAAGAAUUUAAUUGAUGAUGCGACGCGGCGUCAGACUGCAUGAUAUGCAUGACGGGACGUUCCGAAAAAAAGCACAAAAUAGAACGAAAACAAAAAUGCAUAUCAUGCACAAGGAUAAGUUAAACAAUGCAUAUCGUGCAGUUCCGUACGGAGAUGAAGCGCGAAUUACCCAAAGAAUAUUAAAUCCGAUAGCAAUCUUUUUCUACAUUUUGUACGCACAUAUUAACUAUAACAUUGUUGAUAAUAAUACUGCACAAGGAAUAAAAUUGUUGGCUGCACCAGUGAUUUCAAUCAUCUUGUCGCUUUUAUAUCGCCAUAUUAAUAAGAACGAUAUUCUUCGACGUAAUACACCCGGUAUAAUACUAUAAUAAUACAGUAUACGAUAGUAUUCAUGUUAUUCGAACAACGCAACUGUAUUGUAUAAACGAGUGGAAUAACAUUUAAAACUAUUGUACACAUUUUACUCUCAGAAGAAAAAGACUUGAAAUGACUUUGAAAUUUUUAUAAAAAAUAAAUUUCUAACACACAACACUUAUUGAAUAGAAAAUUUAGUAUCUCGAAGAUAAAGCAUGUUUCACAACUUCUUCCUUAACACAAACUACUUAUACUGUGAUAUAAUGUAACAUAAUUUACAAAGUUGUUAUUACUCACUGAAAUUGUUAUAGCAAAAACAAAAAUAUAAAAAUGUAAAAAAUA